ACGUCAAGCUAGGGUUUCUCCUCCUCCCGCUCCCGCCCGUGAGAUCCCCACCCCACACCAAGGAGGAGCUGCAAGAUCGAAGAUCGAUGGCGCCGCUGUCGUGGCGGCACCACACGCUGCUCCAGGCGCUGCUCUCCCGCGGGCCGCUCCCGGAGCCAGACUUCCACGCCCUCUUCACCGCCGUCAGCGGCAAGAACCCCGCCAGUGAACAGCAACUGUUCAGCGAUACGAUUGGGAAGAUCAAUAAGGAACUGGGGUAUUUGCACUUUGACCUGCGAGCGUGCAUGAACCAGUAUGAUGGAACAGUUUACUAUGGAGUGGUCAACACCAUCGCUGAUGAAGAAUCAAAGCUUGGAUCCAAGUAUUCCGUGCCACAGAUUGCGUUCUACAAGGGACUGUUAGAAGCAAUAGUUCAGGAUGGUGGAAACGAUGGGAGCAUAACCGAUAUUGAUGCUCUUAACGUCCGGAUCGACAACCAGGUCGUAAUUGCAGACAGUUCACAAGACAGUCAAUCUCGUCUUCCUUAUUCCAUCACAAGCUUCUUGUUCUCCCAAAAGGAUAAGACUCUCCAUGAACUGAUACAAGAUCGUUGGCUGGCAUACACCCCAGAGGGCAGGAUUGGUCUUGGUAUCAGAUCAUUUCUUGAUCUCCGAAGCUGGUUUCGUGGUAAUGAUAUCCCAUCUUGCGUGGUUUGCAAUGAAGCUGCCAUAAAGGCAUCUACUUGUCCUAGUGAGGAAUGCAAUGUAAGAAUGCAUAACUACUGCCUGAAGAAGAAAUUUUCACAGCGGAAGGCCACGAGAGCUUGUCCUGGUUGUGCUACUGAAUGGCCCAGGCAGGAAGGCGAAGAUGAUGCUGAUGAGGAUGUGAAUGAUCCUGGGGAAGGUCAGGAGAUCCCAUCAGCACCAUCAGCUGAGCGUUCUUCGAGGAAGAAACGGAAAGGAGUCAAAGCUGAGCUGGUGGAGGAUGCUGAAGAGGCAGGCCCCUCGACCGCGAUGCCCAGGAGAAGCUCGAGGAGCGCCCGGGCCGAGGCUGCUGAGGAGGCAUCAACUGCAGGUGCUUCACAGCCAGCCAGGUCUUCCAAGAGAAGGAAGAAGUGAUGCGCUUGUUCUGCUGCUCUUACUAGUAAGAUCGCCGGUGCAAGUGUUACUUUUGUUUGUGUACAUACCUUAGCUGCUAUCACUAGGUGGUCCUGAAGAACUAGCUUGUUGGUGGUUUGUGCCUUGUUGGAGUUACUUGCUUGACCUACUCUGUUUGCUGAUAACUGAUGCAGCUAGGCAAAGCCUAGCUUGAGCCAGCUGUGAAGACAAAGACAAGAUAGAUGACCGGUGUUGCCGUGUUGGUUUAGCAAGUAUUUAU